CUGCCCCUGUGCCGAGACCCCGCGCACCUGGCCAGGCCCCUGGCCCCGACAUGGCCCGUCGCUCCCAGAGCUCCUCGCAGGGGGACAACCCACUGGCACCCGGGUACCUGCCACCUCACUACAAAGAGUACUAUCGCCUGGCAGUGGAUGCACUGGCCGAGGGUGGGUCAGAGGCCUAUAGCCGCUUCCUGGUGUCAGAGGGGGCUCCUGACUUCCUGUGCCCAGAGGAGCUGGAACAUGUGAGCCGACACCUGAGGCCACCACAAUAUGUUGCCCGAGACGCUCCCGAAGGUAGCCCUCCUGAUGUGGACAUGGAUGGCUCCUCAGGCACCUACUGGCCAGUAAACUCAGACCAGGCUGUGCCUGAGCUUGAUCUGGGCUGGCCCCUGACCUUUGGCUUCCAGGGCACCGAGGUAACCACCUUGGUGCAACCACCGCCCCCUGACAGCCCCAGCAUCAAGGAUGAGGCUCGAAGGAUGAUCCGUUCUGCCCAGCAGGUGGUGGCUGUGGUGAUGGACAUGUUUACUGAUGUGGACCUACUCAGUGAAGUACUGGAGGCCGCUGCCCGCCGGGUGCCAGUCUACAUCCUGCUGGAUGAAAUAAACGCACAGCACUUCUUGGACAUGGCUGACAAGUGCCGCAUCAACCUGCACCAUGUGGAUUUCCUGCGGGUACGCACUGUGGCAGGCCCCACCUACUACUGCCGCACUGGAAAGUCUUUCAAGGGCCAUGUGAAAGAGAAGUUCCUGCUUGUGGAUUGUGCUGUAGUGAUGAGUGGGAGCUACAGCUUCAUGUGGUCCUUCGAGAAGAUCCACCGCAGUCUGGCACACGUGUUCCAGGGUGAGCUGGUGUCCAGUUUCGACGAGGAGUUCCGCAUCCUCUUCGCACAGUCCGAACCGCUAGUGCCUUCUGCCGGGGCACUGGCCCGCAUGGACACCUAUGCCCUGGCUCCCUACACAGGGGCUGGGCCCCUCAUGGGCGUCGGGGCGCCAACCCCAUUCUCCUACCCUAAACGAGCACACCUCCUGUUCCCGCCACCCCGGGAAGAGGGUCUGGGCUUCCCCUCCUUCCUCGACCCUGACCGCCACUUCCUGUCGGCCUUCCGCCGGGAGGAGCCAUCGCGGAUGCCCGGGGGUGCCCUGGAGCCACACGCAGGGCUGCGGCCACUGUCACGGCGGCUGGAUGCCGAGGCUGGGCCUGCCGGGGAGUUUGCAGGCCCGCGAGGCUUCUUCCAGGCGCGGCACAUGGAGAUGGAUGCCUUCAAGCGGCACAGCUACACCGCGGCUGACGGCGCAGGCGCCGUGGAGAACUUUGCAGCCGCACGGCAGGUGUCGCGGCAGACGUUCCUCAGCCACGGCGACGACUUCCGCUUCCAGACCAGCCACUUCCACCGCGACCAGCUCUACCAGCAGCAUUACCAGUGGGAUCCGCUGCUGGCGCCGGCGCGCCCGCAGGGCCUGUUCGAGAAGCUGCGUGCGGGCCGCGCGGGCUUCGCCGACCCGGAUGACUUCGCACUGGGCGCUGGGCCGCGCUACCCUGAGCUCGGCCCCGAUGGACACCAACGCCUGGAGUAUGUGCCGUCCAGCGAGUCGCGCGAAGUGCGCCACGGCUCAGACCCCGCCUUCGGGGCUGGCCUCCGCGGCCUGGAACCCAGCGGGGCUCUGCGUCCCAACCUGGGCGCCGGCGGCGACGGCCCUGAGCGCGAGGGCUCCGAGGAGACAGGCCUGGUCAAGCAGGACUCCUUCCGCUCUCGCCUGAACCCGCUCAUCCAGCGCAGCUCCAGGCUGCGCUCCUCUCUCAUCUUCAGCGCGUCUCAGGCCGAAGGCGCGGGCGGGGCCGCAGCGGCCUCCACGGAGAAGGUGCAGUUGCUGCACAAGGAGCAGACAGUCAGUGAGACGCUGGGUCCCGGUGGGGAGGCUGUCCGCUCCACUGCCUCUGCCAAAGUGGCUGAGCUACUGGAGAAGUACAAGGGCCCGGCCCGUGACCCUGGUGGCGCGGGCGGUGCUGUCACUGUCGCUAGCCACAGCAAGGCGGUUGUGUCCCAGGCAUGGCGGGAAGAGGUGUCGACACCAGGUGGCAUGGGUGGCGAGCGCCGCAGCCUUGAGAGCUGCCUGCUCGACCUACGCGACUCCUUUGCGCAGCAGCUGCACCAGGAGGCUGAGCGGCAACCGGGAGCCGCCACAGUCACCGCGGCACAGCUGCUCGACACACUGGGCCGGAGCGGCACCGACCGCCUGCCCUCCCGCUUCCUCUCUUCCCAGGGCCGCUCUGCCUUCCCACAAGGGCUAGACAGCUCUCUGCCUCCUCUGGAGGGGCCCGGGGCACACCAGGUGCCCCAUUCUGAGCCAAAAGGGAGCCCCACCUCGGCCUACCCGGAGCGGAAGGGGAGCCCCACACCUGGGUUUCCCACUCGGAGAGGCAGUCCAACUACAGGAUUUAUAGAGCAGAAGGGGAGCCCCACUUCAGCAUACCCAGAGCACAGGAGCAGUCCACGCAGGGGCAGCCCGGGGCCCCCCGUGCCAGAGCGCAGGGGCAGUCCGGUGCCCCCCGUGCCCGAGCGCAGGGGCAGCCUCACCCUUACCUUUUCUGGCGAGUCUCCAAAGACUGGGUCUGCAGAGGAGGUGGCGAGUGGCCCCAUGGAAGUCCUGCGCAAAGGCUCCCUGCGCCUCAGGCAGCUGCUGAACCCCAAGAGUGAGCGGCGCACAGAGGAUGAGAGUGGCUUCUCGGUGCCGCAGGAGAACGGGCAGCCUGAGAGCCCUCGGCGGCCAUCACUGGGCCGGGGUGACAGCACAGAGGCUGCCGCAGGAGAGGAACGUGGCCCGCGGGCACGCCUAGCCUCAGCUACAGCUAAUGCCUUGUACAGUAGCAACCUGCGGGAUGACACAAAGGCCAUUCUGGAGCAGAUCAGUGCCCACGGACAGAAGCACCGUGGGGUCCCUGCCCCGGGUCCUGGUCCGGCCCACAGCAGCCCAGAGCUAGGCCGUCCACCAGCUGCCGGUGGCCUGGCUCCAGACAUGUCCGACAAGGACAAGUGUUCAGCCAUCUUCCGCUCGGACAGCCUGGGAGCCCAAGGCCGACUGAGCCGCACACUGCCAGCCAGCGUGGAGGAGCGCGACCGCCUGCUGCGCCGCAUGGAGAGCAUGCGCAAGGAGAAGCGAGUGUAUAGCCGCUUUGAGGUCUUCUGCAAAAAGGAGGAGGCCGGCAGCCCCGGGACAGGGGAGGGCCCGGUGGAGGAGGGCACCAGGGACAGCAAGGUGGGAAAGUUCGUGCCCAAGAUUUUGGGCACAUUCAAAGGCAAGAAGUGAAUCUCCUGGCCCACCAACCCAGGCCAGGUGCUUGCAUCACUGCCACAAUCAUCCAGGGUAACAGCUGGGCAGGGAGAGCCACGCUCCUAUGCUUGAUGGUAUCUGCCAGACACAUGGCGGAGGC